CAUGAGUCAAAUUGUCAGUGUCGUGGCCACGUGGGUGUUUGAUGGCGAGAAAUGCCACUCUUUGAAGGUGCGGCCCAUCAAUGACUAAGCAGCCUCGGAAUCGGCACCAGUGUCGGUCAUGCCACAUGUCGCGCCCAUUCAUUGUUCAACCUCCGAACUUCAAACCCAUGACAGCCCGUGGUUGAACAUAUACUAUGGCGCGUGCAAGCAUGUCGUGGGACACUUUGGGACCUUUCUUGGUCUGGCAGUUUCUAAUACCCAUGGCUGCCGGCUGGGCACAAAGCAUUCUUUACAGCAUCUUUAUUCGAGCAGGCGACCCAAAACCACAGCCCGGCUCAGUACGCUUCGUCAAGCACCGCCGACAGAUUCUCAUCGCUAUCUACGUGGCAUACUUUGCUUUCACGAUUUAUGAAGUCGACUUCAACCUACAACGCUCGAGCAACGCGUACAACGAUCUUGGUGUGCCGAUCAACGUAGAUGAGAGCGGUCUGAACUCGCGCUUCAGAAAGCUCACAAUAAGAUUCCACCCUGAUAAGAUUGCGGCGAAUGUCAACAGGGAGGCUGCCAACGCGUACUACAUCCACUUGAAGCAAGCCCGCGACAUCAUCCUAGAUCCCGCAAAGCGCUUUGCCUACGAUCGUUUUGGACCGGACAUCUUCAGGCAGUGCCAGUCAUGUAUCACUGUCAAAGACUAUGUUGAUAGCGCCUCGCUGAGUGCUCUGACAAACUAUGGCGCCCUGCUGGUCCUGCUCAUUGGUGCAAAUGCACUGGGUUUCGCGAAGGAUGGUCUUUACUGGCGUUAUCUUGGACUCCUCGCGGUUGCAACCUUCGAAGUACGCAGCGCGAUGCGACCGGACCACCCCGCCUUUCUUACCAAAUACCUGAACCCCUUCGUCGCUGCAUUCAACUUGCGCCCUGCGUACUUGCCUUUCCAGGUCAUUGCUAUCGCCAAGAAGGCUUCGAUCUCAGCCGCCCAGUUCUUAGCCCUGCUUAUGCCGCUUUACCGCAUUGACCCGCAACGGCCCCAGCAGCCCACAGACGACUCUGAGCGCACCCAGCACGAGCAGCUCGAUCGCCUGAACGCGUUCAUCGCAGAGUGCAACAAAGAUGCGUCCCGCCUGCUGGAGCUGGAAUCGACGCCAUACCGGGACAACGAAAGGGCGAAGGGCGAGCUGAGAGAGGCACUGAAGAAGUAUAUGGUGCAGAACGUGGUGCAUCAGGAGAGGGACGUCCGUAAUGCUAUUGGGCAGAGUAUGGCGAAGAGGAGAACGGGUGCACCUCACGGCGCCCAGGGUACCAAGUAGACACACAGUCAUAAAUCUACGAUCAGUGUCUACUGGCAUAUCUUGCAGUGCCACUAAACGGCUCACUCGGUCGCCACUUAUGAAACACAAUUCUUGUUGAUAUCAUUCUUGUUGACAGUGUUCUAGCCCAGCUCUCGGCGACUCGGUGAACAUUCACGGUACACCAUCAUGUGUGAUUGUAGCGAGGUCAUAAGGAUACACGAGGCGAAAUCGUAAAAGGUACGACGGUAAGUUCUCCCGGGCAGAGGGCGGUGGUUGGAUCUCGGCCAAAAAUGGCGGCCCGGGGACGUUCAGACAUGCAGUAGAUCGUUCAGCAACUAAUUGAGAUCUUCGUACAUGAGCAUCUGUAACAGCAGCUUGCCCGAGCGAAAGGCGACGAUCAGAUUUAUGCAUGACACGUCGUGUGAGGUCGCG